AACUAUUUCGCAAUAGGAAUACUCAGUUUUUUUCUGUUUUUGUGUGUGUGUGUGUGUGGUGUUGUUGUUUUGUAAUUGCAGAUUCAUCCCAGCAGGGGGGUCGUUUGUAGCUGUGAGGCGGCUUUGCUGCUUUGAGUUUUUGUCAAUUGUAAUCUCCCUCAGAACUUCAGCUGCCAGUGGAACAACAUGGCAACCACGAAAUUACAAAGUAUGUCACAAAAAACAGCAGCUGAAGAUUGACCAAGAUCAAUCGGAGAUUGUUAUAUUUCACACUAUGUGCUGAAUAUCCAUGAUGUCUGAAAAUAUUUAAGAAUAUUAAUGUUUGGAAGAUUUUUUUGAUUCCAGUGGAAUCCUGUAUUUUUUUUUUUUUUUUUAAUUGUAACCUGUUACAAUGCCUGUACAAGCUCCACAAUGGACGGAAUUCCUCUUGUGCCCGAUCUGCACGCAGACUUUCGAAGAAACCAUUCGCAAGCCCAUCAGCUUAGGAUGCGGCCACACUGUCUGCAAGAUGUGCCUGAACAAACUACACCGCAAGGCAUGCCCCUUCGACCAGACCACGAUCAACACAGACAUCGAACAGCUGCCUGUGAACUCGGCCCUGCUGCAGCUCGUUGGCGGACAGAUCCCCAAACAGCAGCCCAUCACUCUGUUUACAGGAGUGGAAGACACCAAACACUAUGACGAGGCCAGGAAAUGCGUGGAGGAGCUCGCUCUCUACCUCAAACCCCUCAGCAGCACGAGAGGUGUUGGUUUGAACAGCACUACUCAGAGCGCUCUCAGCCGGCCCAUGCAGAGGAAGCUGGUGACGCUGGUUCACUGUCAGCUGGUGGAGGAGGAGGGGCGAAUCAGGGCCAUGCGAGCUGCCCGUUCCCUGGGCGAGAGGACAGUCACGGAGCUCAUCCUCCAACACCAGAACCCACAGCAGCUCUCCUCCAACCUGUGGGCAGCUGUCCGAGCCAGGGGCUGCCAGUUCCUCGGGCCAGCGAUGCAGGAGGAGGCUCUGAAGUUGGUUCUGCUAGCCUUGGAAGACGGCUCCCCCCUGUCCCGUAAGGUUCUGGUUCUCUUUGUGGUUCAGAGAUUGGAGCCACGAUUCCCCCAGGCCUCCAAAACGAGCAUCGGUCACGUGGUACAACUCCUCUAUAGAGCAUCCUGUUUUAAGGUGACGAAGCGAGAUGAGGAUUCUUCGCUGAUGCAGCUGAAGGAGGAGUUCCGCACGUACGAAGCUCUCCGGCGGGAACACGACUCUCAGAUCGUCCAGAUCGCCAUGGAGGGGGGGCUGCGCAUCGCCCCUGACCAGUGGUCCUCGCUGCUCUAUGGGGACCAGUCCCACAAAUCACACAUGCAGUCCAUCAUCGACAAGUUGCAGACGCCGGCCUCAUUCGCCCAGAGUGUUCAGGAACUGACCAUUGCGCUCCAGCGGACGGGAGACCCUGCCAACCUGAACCGUCUCCGACCCCACCUUGAGCUGCUGGCUAAUAUCGACCCCUGCCCAGAUGCACCUCCUCCUAUGUGGGAGCAGCUGGAGAAGGGGCUGGUCGCUGUGAAGACCGUGGUCCACGGACUGGUGGAUUUCAUUCAGAACCACAGCAAGAAAGGCACCGACCAGCAGCAGCCUUCACAGCACAGCAAGUACAAAACUUACAUGUGUCGGGAUAUGAAACAGAAAGGGGGGUGCCCUCGGGGGUCCAGCUGUACCUUUGCACAUUCUCAGGAAGAACUAGAAAAGUACCGCAAGAUGAACAAGCGCCUGGCAGCCAGAAGACCCCUGAGCCAGUCCCUCACGCAGCUCAAUGAAGUGGGGUUGUCCGGUCUGCUGUCAGAUGACGGGGGGCUGGAGGGCGCUGUGCGGAAACCCUCCUCCCUGACCAACGGGAUUGUAGCAGCCGGCGUGGGGGGUCACAUGCCGCAGCUCAUCUCCCGUGGGACAGACUGCUCCUACGACACAGGGCUCAAACCAGGGAAAAUGGAGCACCUAAGUAUCAGCGCCCCCGGAUCUCCCCCUGACUUGCUUGAUUCUGUCUCUAAGGGCUCCAUGCCAGUGAUGCCUAUUAAUGCCCACCCUAUGCCUCACCCCAGAAUGCCCACAGAACACCCCUCCAAGCAGCUCCAGAUGGUGUCCAGGGGAUCCCAGAUGUACACACAGCAACCGAGUGAUAUGUACUACCAGGAUCCGAGGCCACCUGCUUCUGCAGCCCCGUAUGAGCACCCUCCGUACCCAGCAGGUGUACCCUACCCCUACCCAUCUUCACAGUAUGUCCAGCCUCGCUACACCAGGACGGCACCCAGCGAGCCGGGCAUGCAGUUCCCAGAUCACUACCCCUACAUACAGGACAGACAGUACCCAGGCCCGCCCAUGCAGUACCCCCCCAUGGCACAGCCAGUGUACCCUGCCCACUGUGACGUGCGCCGCACCUACGGACCCCCACAGUCCUUCCAGCGUGAGGAGAUGGUGAGAAUGAACCCAGGGCCUGUGGAGGUCCUGCCACCAGCUAGCGGGUCACCAUACCUCUCAGAGAGCAGAGAGCGCUACCCCCCUGAGGGCUACCCACCAGAGGGCUACCCUGCCAGCCCACACCCCAGCCAGAUGCGAUCCUAUCACAGGGAAAGCUACAGCAGGAUGACUGCCCCACACCCCAGCCUGGACUACCUGCACCGCCGCCGCAAGGAGAUCAUGGCUCAGCUGGAGGAGAGGAAGGUGAUUUCCCCCCCUCCCUUUGCCCCGUCCCCAACACUGCCCCGUCCAUUCCCAACGGAUUUCCCUCAAGAGUAUUUGGAGGACAACCCAAAAGCUGUUGGGAAGUACAAAGAAAACGAAUACUCGCCUUGGUCAUGUGACACCAUAGGCUCCUACAUUGGCACCAAGGAUGUCAAGCCCAAAGACAUCAUGGCGUCGGAAGCCAUGGAGCUGAUGAAUAUAGAGAGCAAAGGUUUGAGGAAUCAGCCAGUUGACAUGCAGAGAAGAUCAGCCGAGGCCAAAGACGACGACCCCAUAAUUCCGUUUGGGACCCUGCCCACAGUAUCCCGUUUCGGGGUGAUCUCUCGCACCUCCAAAACUGGGUACCAGACCACCUUCCCAGUGCAGGCCAUGGCUUCAUCCCAGGGAGCUGCACCCAAACAUAGCAGCGCUUCAGCUGAAUUCAGCCCUUAUACUCAUGGAGGCUGGGGAGCGGCCCCUUACCACCAACACCAAAACAUGACAACUCAGGGACGCUUCAGUGACAGGAUGCCAAUGCCCCCAGACAGGGAGCAGCUGAAAAUUGAGCUCCAACAACUUAAUCAGCAGAUCAACCAACAGACACAGAUCCGUGGAAUGGAGGCUGCUAGUAACACAUUGCUGCUGCAAAGGGAGGUGAGCGCACUAGCCACCCAGCCUCCUCCCACGAAGUGGGCAGCAGAGCCGAUUUCCAGCGAACAGCUGAGCAUGGAACUGCACCAGGUGGAGCGAGAGAUUGGCAAGAGAACCAGGGAAAUAGCCAUGGAGAGUCAAGCACCUCACGAUCAGUAUAAAAUGAAACCGGCAGAAAAUGGACAACCUGAACACAAGGUCCACAUGGAGGACCUCUCCCUUGCACUCAGGUAUGUGAGAACAGCUGAGCAGCAUAAACCUUGUCCUAAUAUUGGCGAAGGCGCGAAUGGAUCCAGCUUGGUCCAAGACAGUAGUAUGAAUUCUCUGUCCAGCAAGACCUCCUCCCUGAGCCUGUCUGCAGACUCCACCAGCAGUUCUGAGCUGCAGGUGAAUGGUGUCGGCCACUCCUCCUCAUAAGAGAUCGUGCUGCUCGCUGACAAGGCACAGCACCUCCACACAGUGAAGAUGUGGUAACAUGUUUCCUCCAAAUAGAGUCAUAUUUUUUCACCACUACCCCUCUGGGAAAGAGGGAAGGUAUUGAGCAGCAUGUCUCAAAUCCUGUACAAAUUUGUCGAAGAAGAACACACUCCACCCUAUUAAUUGCUGUAGAACGGGUAGAAAAUGUCAGCAGAAGAAAUUGAAGCUCUUCCACGCCCUCUGCUUCGUUUAGGCUCUUUUAACACAUUUAAGCUACAUUAUUUAUAUAAAAAACAUAUAGUUCAGUCUCCCAUUGUGGGUGGGGUGUUCUUGGCAAUACAGUAGAUAAACGCACGUCUUCAUUUUAUUUAGAAAUACGCAGUAUCUGCAGUGAAUUUAAGAUUUUAUUUUUUUUUUGUUCUGUGAAUGAACUUUAAUUUUAAUAUAACUGAGCGCUUUCAGUCUCAGGGCAGAUAGAUAUUACACUGUUUGUUUUUGUUCAAUGCAUUUAAAAUUGAAAAUAGCUUAAGAAGCAGUUCUGUUGGUUACUUUAUUAUAUGCCUAGAUACCUGUACCCCAACUAGAGUUUCACAAAACUAGAGCUGAUACAGAAACUGUCUGCAAAUCAUUCUUUUGAUAACUUAAAAUUGCAUUAAUAGACUCUUAAAUUUAGUGUGUUUUGAAAAUGAAAUAACGCUAGUCACCCAGGACGGUACUAUGCUUACAACUGAAUCUUUUUAAACUUUUGGUUAAUUUAUUCACUUGUUUUUUUUAUUUUUGUCAAAACAAACCUGGAUAUGCUUCUAUGUUGAAGCCACUAAAUAGCUGGUAAAUUAUAAAUAGCCACACUUAAUAAGAAACAAAAUAUAUUAAAACUAAUAAGAAACAAAAUAUAUUAAAACUAAUAUUGUCGGUGAUCAUUAUUACUACAGUGGUUGAGAUCUUGAUGUAAACUUGUAAUGAACGAAGUCACGUAGACAAACAUCAGUGUUAUAAGUUGAAAUGUUUGUCUACUUGACUUUCUUAGGAAUUAUAUUGCUGCAACUGGACUUGAGGAAUUGUAGCUUUGAGAAUGAGGCCUUUUAUAAUAAAAGGCUGAACAUGCUCCACACAAAAAAUAAAAUUUUAGGUAAAACUUUAGAAGGGAAACCCCUGGGUAUGUAAUAGGUAACCACUGUACUUGGCUUGGUUUUGAAUUGAGUCUGGUUGAAACCAGACUCCCAGUUUAAAUCAGCCACCUUUGUCAACUGUGCUGUACACAGGGCACAACAUAGUGUUUUCCAAGACCUACUUAACAACAAACAAUACUGCUUUUAAUAUCCUACAUACAAGGUCUUGCAUCUUGCAGUACUGUAUAUAAUGAAUCUCCAAGGCCAUUAAGUCUGGCUUGAGCAUUAGCAAUGUUCCAGUUAAUUUUUUAAUUUAAGGACUAUGGCAACCAACUAUCCACCAGAAGAGCUGCAUAUGAAUCUCCUUAUGCUAAAGAAUAGUCCACAUGAGUAGCAGGUAAUGGAAAACAGCUAGGACGUGUAGGAUAUCCAGGUAUCUUAUGCACCGUGUACACAAGUAAUCAUCUUCAGUAGUAAAGCUGGCAGCACCCCCACGCAAAGCCCCCUGUUAAGAAAGACAUGACUAGCCACGGCAAAAUACUGUUUCACAUUGAAUUAGAUCUGAUGGGCGUGGCCAGUCUGCAAAUUUGCAACACUAUUGGCUUGGAAUUCAAGCUUUUUUUUUUUUUUUUUUAAAAGCAAAAUAAAAACUUUAGAAGUUAUAUAUUCUUGAAAAAAAGCAGCUGUUGUUGGUGUGCUGAUCUUGUGAGGCGAACAACAAGAAACAUAUUAUCAUCCAAAUCACAAAUAGUUUACAUAUUUAUAUAUUUGAGUUGCUUGUGUGAGUAUUUGUAUUAACAGCGAAUGGAUCUCUAGACCUAUCAAGCAAAAUGUGCCACACCUUGUUGUGUAAUUAGUACAUGACCAGUUUUGCUUUGAACAGUUAGUUUUAGAGUUUCAAUAUUAUUUAAAAUCAUAAGGUUUUGCCAUAUUUGACUUGAUGAAACUAUGAUUUAAGAAUCCUACAUUAAUAAAGCUUUACCUGGGUCUUUGCUUCAAAAAUAGGCUGAUUUUUUAGGCUGAUUAAACAGCAAUAUGGUUACUUCUGUAACCUAUAGUCCAUUGAACUGUUUACAAGUGAACAACCUAUGGGACUGUUUAAAAUUACACAGCUUUCAUCACUCUUUGCAAAUACACUGAGUGUUCCAUCAGUCCAGCUCCUCCCAUUACCAAAACUUAAGCGAACAGGAUCAGAUUAGCCCUGCUCCCUCCUGUAUACUUUUACACAUUUUGAGAUUUACAAUUCAACCAACCAGUCCAGGGUCUUGAAUGUGAGUGUAUGUGUAGUGUACUCCCAAAAUUCCUUUUUAUUCAGAAUAAUGUUGGAGCGAAUAAACAUUUUAAUGCCCAGUCUCAGUCGAGCUCAGUUCUAAUGAGUAAGGCUGGAGCUGGCAUUUAUAUUGAUCUCUGGUAACCAUGUAGCAAACAGCGACCUUGACCACUCUAUCAAAAACCAAAAGCCUUUAUCACUUGCUUUUCAGUGCCAGCCUGGAAAGAUUGAUUCUGCAGUUGCUGAAAUGGGAAGUGUAUAGAAAUCCUGAAAAAAAAAAUACAAAGAGAAAUAACAGUGUGUGUUUUUUUUAAAUAGGAUGUGUAGUAGUACAGAACAAAGGUUUUGUAGACCAGAGCAGGUUGCACCAUUGUUCUUUCAGUGUUUAUUUGGUUCUUUUGACUUUAAACAGCCACCAACAGCUGCUCCUGCACUGAACUCUAAAUUGUAAUGUGUGUUUUUUUUUUUUUUUGAUAACUUCUGUGAAGUUGCAUGGUUUUUUAAAUUUUUUUUAACAGACUAGGUUAUUGCUAAUCCUUUUGGGGGGGGGGGGGAGCUUCUGGGAUUUAACCCUGCCAGCUAGCAAAUGAGUAAGCGAGUGGGACUUUAAACAGAACUACAUUUCUAUACACAAGUAAUUCUUCUCAAAGUUUCUAAAGGUUGCUAAAGAUUUGGGCUUUGUGUCUAACAGGCAAAAAGGUUGACUGAUGCCCCCGUUACCCCCUACCUCUGCAUACAUUCAGAGCUCUUACAUUCACAAACCUGCAACAAUCCCGUGAUUGAAAAAACAAUAACACAGUGAUACCACUAUUUCAGUUCAUAGACGGGUAUUUUAUUUGUAAUUCUUAUUAGUAACCAACUAAGAAAUCUACAAGGCAGAGAAUACAAGGCACUUUAACAUGUGAUACAAUUAUUAUAAUCUUCAAAAAAUACAUUGUCCAGUUUGUAGUUGUAGGAUACAUCCACUCAUAAACCCUGCAUUAAAGAUGGAACCUUUGAGCUUGGCAGCACCAGUCCUUCAUAAUAUUGUGUCCAGUUUGGAUAGACUUGCAAUCUUAGAAAGUUUCAAAUAUCCAGACCACUAUUUCACAGCAACUUGAUAUAAUCCACAUGUGUAUAAGUGAGAUCUGUGACGUAUUGCCUCAAUGUUGUCCAUUGCCAUUUGCUGUACCUGUUUUAGACAGAUUGUGAUGAUGUUGCCAUUUGUUCCAGAAACUACGCGUUUGACCAAGGACCGACAAUGCUCAUAGCCAGAUGCUAUUGACAGAAGCUCCCUAGUUAUGUUUCUAUGGAAACCUUUGCGGUGAGCACUUUGCUGCAUCUGCUAACAUGCACAUUUUCUGGAGUCAUGGCUAUUGGUUACAUUAAAUAUACAGACACAUAGCUAGGAAACCAUAAAGAUCAGGUUAAUGUGCUUUUUUGUUUGAAUUGUUCUUCCACUGUACAAUAUUUCAAACAUAGAGACUACCACUUUGAUAGCAGUAUUGUAUAAAUAACAAGCCCCCUUCUGAUACACAUUUGAAGCUAUGUUUUUCCUUAGAGACGGACCUUGGCAUACAAACUAUAAAGCACAGCUUCCUAGUCUUUAGCAUUCAGAUCUGUUGUAGAACUGUAAGACUGUACUAUUCAUGACAUUUAAGACUUUUGUAAAGAUACAUUACAAGUUCUGUGUUCCCGUAACUUUUUUCUUUUUUGUCUACAUUCAAACCUCACAAAGCAGAUCUGUAGGGGUGACUAGUAUCGGAGAUGGAACAUUCAUUUGCAUCUCAAAUCUGGGUUCUAAUCGAUGGUCCCUAUCAUUUGCAUAUCCUAAAAUGAUCUGUCAUAGAUGGUGACAAGGUAGUUCCAUUCCCCUUGGUCUGGUCUACUGUAUUAAGAUGUCACAUGGCCGCUGGUGUCAAAUGUGCUCUUAGUAUGUGCUUAUGAGAAGUGAAGAUUGGUUUGUGUGCAUUACAUGUAUGUUCAUUAGUGCACUGUUUCACAUUGGGGGGGUGGGGGACGACUACAUUUUGACUAGGUGGGCAACUUUGGUUCCAGUGGCCACUAUUAUUAUUAUUAUUAUUAUUAUUAUUAUUAUUAUUAUUAUUAUUAUUAUUAUUAUUAUUAUUAUUAUUAUUAUUAUUAUUAUUAUUAGUUGUUUAUUUAGCAGACGCCUUUAUCCAAGGGGACUUACAGAGACUAGGGUGUGUGAACUGUGCAUCAGCUGCAAAGUCACUUACGACUACGUCUCACCCGAAAGAUAGAGCACAAGGAGGUUAAGUGACUUGCUCAGGGUCACACAAUGAGUCAGUGGCUGAGGUGGGAUUUGAACCAGGGACAUCCUGGUAACAAGCCCUUUUCUUUAACCACUGGACCACACAGCCUCACUACAAGUCAAAUUAAAAAUGAAGACAGUUUAAUUACAGCAUAGUUUGAACAAAGACCUUCACUGGAAGGUUGUUACCCAUCCUUUUGAGUCCAGCUAAGGUCAUACAGCCAAACAGAAGUGGCUGGCCCAGUAGGCUAGACCAACAGCAUAAGUCCAAUGGAAUCUCAGCAGAAAAGUUAUCAUUGAAGAUAGGAGGUCAAAGCUCAUCCAGACUUAAGCUUGAGCCCAGUUUCUGCUUUCAGCUAGUAACAACCUUUUAAGAGUGUAAACACUCAAGUUUAAAAAAUGUACAUUUUGGUACAGUUUCCAGUUCUGCUUCACUCCGAUGUGUCUGUCAUAUUCUAGACCCAUAUAUAUAUAUAUAUAUAUAUAUAUAUAUAUAUAUAUAUAUAUAUAUAUAUAUAUAUAUAUAUAUAUAUAUAUAUAUAUAUAAAUAAUGGUCUCUCGAGACAGUGUGCGAUCUUAAGCACCGUUUUUGGUGGAACUUCUUUCAAGUAUAAUCUCUGUAAUAUUAUUAUUGUUAUUAUUGCUUGGGACAGAGCUAUUGGCACUUAAGCAAUUGUAAAGAUUGGAUGCGAGAGAGCCCUGCAAAGACACCACAUUCAAACCUUUCAGAUGAAGUGAGGCUAUAGAAUGAAACCAGCCUCUUUGUUGACAGUGCAUAGCAGGAACGAUCACACCCAUAUUCUGAGCUUAAACACAAACUCCCUGAUUCAGUCUUAGUUAGAAUCUGGGCCCAACUCAUGAACAGUGGUUGAUCCAGACUUUUGGCAAAUUAAUCUUAAUGUUAAAUCAAAAUUUAGCAGAAAACAGGGAUGUCAGACCAGAGCGCAUCCAGAAUUCAACCUGGUCCAGUUGGCUUGAGGUAUUGGGCGAUCUUUCUUGGUAAAUGUGCCUUUAGGCAGGCUCUUGACUAUAUUUAAGGUUUGAGUACAUAACACCUGUAAAUAAAUAUAACCUGCAACUGUUAAUAUACUCGCUUUGAGUAAGCAUUUAUAUUAAAUGAUCUCUACAAAUCAGUAAUGCAGUGAUCUGUAACUGGUUGCCAAUGCAAAGCUGAACGUCUCUUAUCCUUUCAUAAGUAAAGGAGUGCCAGACUUGUAACGUUUUGUUUACUUAGCCAAAUCUCUAGUUUAAUGUAAGGCUGUACUGUAUUGAAUGUUCUGUGUAUUCAGGUAUUGUCACAAACUCACCAUGGUUUAUUAAGCCGAUUGAAACCACAUCAUGGUUGAUGAAGUCAUGGUUUUAAUGCCUUCCUUGUAGUGCGGUCAGGGGGACUGAAGGUAGAGCGUGCUAAAUCUGUUAACUGGAUGUAGCAUCGCUGUUUUUUAGUCCAUAAUACAUAAGCAUGGGUAAACACAACCGCCAAAAAAAAAAAGUAAUGAAAUGUAUGAAUUGUACCUAAAGAUAAGAGCAUGCAUCCUGUAAUUUUAGCAUUGUUUAUUGAGAAAUGCUCACAGUCAUGGCAUUUUGUAAAACUUUUCUAUUUUAAAGUAGUUGUAGCUAACAAAAUGAUCCCAUCAAUGUUGCCUAUUUUGCACUUGCAUUAGAUACACAGGUCAAAUGUGCAGUUUUUAAAGAAGCAUGGGUUACAGCAAACUUUAAAAUGUUCAUUUUAAAAGAUGGCUUCUGGUACUCAAAGUUAAAGAAAGUUUGCUUUGCCUGCCAGGAAGUCUUUUACUGCUUGGUCAGUGCACCCCAGUAGUACAUAAGGAUAACCCAGGAUUUCUUUAACCUAGAGUAGUACCAGAUAUAAUGUUCUAAAAUAAAAUAAAUGUUCAGUAUAAUGUAUUUUUUUUUCCACAAAACUGUACAUUUGACAUCCAAAUAAUGAAUCGAUGUGCAUGGCAGAGAAAAUGUAUGUAAUUAUUUUGUUAACUACAAGUACUUUAAUUGGCUUCUUUGAAUUUACCUGGGAGAUCAGGAAGAGGUAUGGCCUGGGUGACUACUCUUGAUUUAAUGGGUCCUCCCUGCAUCCUUUUAUUUCAAAUCUUAGAAUAAAGUAGGGCUUUUAUCAAAUGUAACAAGUAGUAUGCCGUCCCAUGACACUACCCUUUUAAAGGGAAUAUUUUAAUCAUUAAAAUACUAAGUUAUUUAAGGAUUAUGGAAUGUAAUUUGUUGUUAGCUACUAAACAAAUACCCAGAAUACCAACUUCUCUUUCCAUUCUUGGGGUAAGAAAUAUGAAGUUGUAUCUGAUAGGUUAGUCUGCCAUUUUGCUCCCAGCUAACUAACCUGCAAUGGUGCAAAUGACUGUUUACUGAUCCGCUGUCUGUUUGAUUUCAGUUGUACAUCUGUGUUAUUGAUAAUCAAAGCAUUUGUAUUUACCUUGGGUCCCUGACUGCUGUGGUUUCAUAUGGAAUGGCUUUAAAAAGAGAUACACAUACAUAGAUAUCAUCUUGGGAGACACUGGUCAGUGACAGAUACAAACAGGCUCCAAAAUAUAUAUCAACAUCUCUGAAAUGUAAUGUUAGUUGUGCCAGGCUGCCUCUUUAAGAACCUAGUAAAGAUGUAUUGAUAUUUUCAACCACAACUUCAACUAAAUGCAUCUCUCUAAAUCACAGCCCAUUAGCAAUGGUGAUGGCUCUUAAAUGAGCCUCUAAAGGUUUUUAAAGUCUAGGAAGGGAGCUCCAUUUUCCCACUAAAUAAUGUGCUAAAAGCUUUAGGCUUUUUAACCAUGUUUUUUUAGUAUCUUGGUUAAUCAAAUACAGAUUAUCACAACAAACAAGCAAAAAAUAUAUAUUCUGAAAACUCUGGUAAACUAAAAAUGUCACCAUUGAUUUGUUUUGGGGAAAUAAUUCAAUUUGAUAAAUCUGUUAAGGGCAGGCCCAGAGCUGAGCAUUUGCUUCCCAAGAUGGCUUCCUUUGCUACUCUUUAUGUUCCUCUAGGAAUCAUUCUGCCUACAUGCAAACUGCAUUCAUUGUAACAAGAUUGGGCUGUUUUUUGCUGCAUUCUUUAAAUUGUAUUCCUAAUAUUGGGAAUGUAAUUCCUUUUGAUGAUUACUCCCAAAUUAUCUUGUAAUAGACUGCUUAAAUUAAGGUACAAAUUUAAAAAUUCAAAUUGUUCGUUUUUAUAUUACACUCCAUUUAAGGAAUGUUUAGAACCAUCUUUCUCCAAAUAUGGAUGUAGCUGUUAUACUUUUUUUUCUUUGUAAAAGAAUUCACUGUGUGAAAAUUGGUUUGCAUUUUUGUAUAAUACAAUAAUAUGCUUUUGUUUGGGGGGGGGGGGUUAACUAACUGGAAGUUUAAGAGAAAAAAAAACCUGUGAAAAUAAAAUUUGUAACUGAUGUAACAGUGAUUCUUUACUGGCAGGGACUGUGAUUAAAUAACAUUGUAAGUCAA